AUGUCGAGGUCUCCUAAGAAACGAAAGACGAACCCCCCAACGGCACCAUCGGAUGCCUUGAGCGAGUACAGCCUGCCAACACCCUCCGAUCGAGUUCGGGCUUCAAGCCCCCCCCGUGAACUCCGUGAGAUUUACAAAUAUGCUCAGCCCCCAAUACGCUUCCUUACUACGCCAGACGAGCAUACACCUGAGACGGUACUGGAGCUCUUCAAGAAUCUCCAGGAGGCAAGUAGUGCUGCAGCCAUUCCUGCAAUUUUUAAGGCGCGAAUCCACGAUACCUAUCCUUAUCAAAGCAUUCCCUUGAGCGCAUUUGUGCCAACGGAACAGACACUACAAUCAUCAGAAGUAGAAAGCACAUGGAAACUUGCUGCCUCUCUUCUGUCGAAAGCCAGGCAAGCGUUUGAAGGGAAUGAGCCGGAAGGGUCCUGGAUCCGCUUGGCGUCUGAGGUUUUGGAUGGGGUUUUUGAGGGAAGUGAGCUCAAGCUGCUUCGCACGAUGGAUGUGCAAUAUUCUGACAUCAAUUCCGCCACCUUACUGCCGACAGUCAAUGAUUUCGCUAUUCCGGUCAAAAAAGCUGAUCUGGCUGUAGCCAUCCAUAGCGCGAAACCUGCAGCAAGCAUGAUAUAUGAAAGCAUUCGGAAGCAAAAUCCAGCAAUGAAGUUAAGCCAGAUGCAAGAUGCAAGCGUUUCUCGCAUGGCUUUACCUAUAUGCGUCGAAGUGGGAGAACCUGGAAAGUCCUACAAUGAAGCAUCUAUUCAGCUUGGCGUGUGGUGUUGCGCUGGCCUGUUGAAGCUGCAUGAGCUGAGAUUGCAACAAGGCGACAUUGAUGCAGAAGAAACUGUGCCUUUAAUUGGUAUGACUGCUAUUGGACUGGACUGGAAAUCACAUGUGGCAUAUAAACUCCCAGAUGAUGGUGCUGUAGUGAGUCAUUUCCACUUUCACACGCCGUAUGAAGUAGAUAAAUCAUCAGCUGACUUGCCUGGUGUUGUCAAGGUUAUUCUAGGCCCUGUAUCCAUUGGAGGUUACGAAGACAUCCGUAGCUUCUUUGUGCUUAAUAGUGUCUUCAAGAUCAUUGCGAAAUGGGCAGAGCAAGAUUACUGGACACAUUUUCGGGGUAUUUUUGGAGUCUGA